ACCAGCUCUGGCGCAUAGGUUGUACUGUUUCCGUGUUAGGAGUUAACUUUCUGGGUUCCUACUCUACAAUUACCAGCUACAGCCCGUUUUUAAUUUGUGCAUAGUAUUGAUGUGUGGUGUGGGAUUUUGCCGUCGUAUUCACCAAAACUUAUGCAUAUGCUUAGCUAUAUACACUCUAUUUGAACAUCGAAUUCCGUGUGCCCAUUGUCAUGAUAGCGAUGCUACGUUAAAUAAACACUCAAGUGUGUUGUUUGCAUCACUUACAAAUGAUAGCAAGUAUAUGGACAAAGAAAUGCUCGCGAAUUUCUUGAAGUCCCUGCAUCUGUACGAAGAAUCUCCCCAUGAGAACGAUUCCAAAGAAAACAAGUGUUUUACGGCAAGUGAGAUGUUCGAUUUAUUUUCUCCCAAUCACUCACAUCUGAACCAAACGGAUUUUUAUGCGUUGUUGCCGACUAUUGUUUAUGAGUUAAAAUCUGGAGUUUGUAAGCACAACCAUGCGCACGAAGUAGUUCCUUCAACGCACGAGUUCAGUUGGAGAGCCUUUCUAGCUGCAGUUGGUGCUGUGUUUUUGGUGAGCUUUUCAGGACUUAUUGUUGUAUGUUUGGUACCUCUAAUGUCCCGAAGUUUUUACAAUGUUGUAACUCAAUUCCUUAUAGCGCUUGCAGUUGGGUCACUUGCUGGUGAUGCCUUUCUUCACUUAAUACCUCAUGCUUUUUCUGGUGCUGGACAUGUCCAUCACAACCAUGAUCAAGAAACUAAUAUUGUUCAUGAACAUAUUGACGAACAUCACCACGAAUCUAUAUCAUCAGCAAAACUGAGCUCGCACCGGAAAAUGAUUUUGGAGGCACUCAUAGCUCUACUAGGCAUUUAUAUAUUUUUCUUAACUGAGCGACUUACCAUCAUCUGCCAAAAUAAAAUGUCUAGACGGAAGUUGAAACGUCAACAAAAUACUGCAUUGAAUGAAAGCCAGAUGUGUAAUUGCUCUCCUGAACGACCCAUGGAUAAUAGUCGUUGCGUAGAUUAUCUUAAUGAAAAGCAAAUAAGUGGUUCAGAUGGUGCUAAUCAACCUCACUGGUCGUUCAACAACAAUACUGUGCCGCCACUAGAUUCCGUUGAAGCGGUAGCAAAUAUUGAACAACAGCAUUUUGGCGGUGGUGCAGUUAUUGAGGGUCACUAUACAAAACUGUCCGAUUUGCGAAAGUCGUCGGUGCACAAUAAUAAUAAGAAUACUAAUAAUGAUAAUAAGCAAACAUCUGUAUUGAAUAAUGGAGGAUCCUUAGUUGAUAUGCUUGAUGUGAAAAAUAAUUCUAAACAAAAUAAUACUACAUUAGAGCUUGCUAACCAUGCUAAUAAUACUACUUCUCAAAUUAGUAAAUCUAAUUCAAUUUUAAAAAAGAAUUCGUCAUUUGAUUAUAUUCGUGGCGGGGAACAAAUUCAAACACAUCCACAUCGUGAUAAACCACAUGGGCAUCAUCAUGGUCAUAGUCAUGAUUUAAGUUCUGUUCGCGCAAUUGCUUAUACUAUAAUUGCUGGUGAUGGAUUACAUAACUUUUGUGAUGGUAUAGCUAUUGGCGCUGCAUUCGCGAAUGAUAUGCGUGGUGGUCUGUCAACUUCAAUAGCUGUAUUAUGUCAUGAACUCCCACAUGAACUAGGUGAUUUUGCUGUAUUACUUCAUGCUGGAAUGUCUGUUAAAUCAGCAUUAUUUUAUAAUUUAUUAUCCAGUAUAUUAUGUGCUGCUGGAAUGAUUAUUGGUUUUUUACUUGGUGGAAUGCAUUCAUUAGAUACAUGGAUAUUUAUGUUAGCUGCUGGAAUGUUUAUUUAUAUUGCAUUAGUUGAUAUGAUGCCAGAAUUAUCAGCUAAUCAACUUAAAGGUAAUCGACGUUGUCAUCAACCCAGUGUUUUAUUUAUAUGGCAAAAUUUUGGUAUCCUUUUAGGUUUUUGUAUAAUGCUAUUAAUAGCAUUUUAUGAAUUUGAAUUUAUAUCACAUUAAAGAAAUAAAAAAUUCUUUUUUUUUUUUUAAUACAGUUUUUUUCAAAUCGUUUUUCUUUACUAACACCCCAUCCCUACUUUCACCUCUACUCCCAACCUCACCCCCUUCCUAUCUCUUCCCGUCUUUUUUUUCUUUUGUUUUUUCUUUCUUUUUUUGUCUUUGAUGAAAAAGAGAAAAAAUUGAUUAUUUCCGUCGACAAAUUACAUUUCUAUUUUAUCUUUGUAUCUUUUAUACAUUUUUAUUUAACGAAUUUGAUGUAAUUAGGAAAAAAAAAUAUAUAUAUAUAUAUUACUCUCUUUUCUUUUCUUUCUUUCUCUCUUUUUUUGUUUGUUUGUUUUUGUAAGAGAGAAAAACAAUCGUUUUUCUCUUUAAAUUUUCUCUUUUUUUUCUCUAAAAAUAAAAGAAAGAAGAAAUUUCUAUAUAUUUUUUGUUAUUUAUAUUUUUAUUCUUUAAAUAAUAGAAAACACUUUAUGAUUUUAUUUAAUAAUUAAUAAUCAUAUCAUAUUCAUUUCGAUUUGUAUUGUUUAAUAUUUAAUAGAAAUUGGAAUGUAUGUAGUGUUUAUUGAUUGAUGAUUCGAUUGUAAUGAUAUAUAUUUCUUUUUGUUUUGUUUUGUUUUCUUUUCUCUUCUUUUUUCUUGUUAUUGUUCUUGUUGUUGUUGUUGUUGUUGUUGUUAUUCUUAUUGUUACAUCAAUUCUAUUAUAAGAAUUCGAUCAAAAUGAUCUUAUUUUUUGUUGAUCUCAUUUUGAGUUAGAUUAAAGAUUUGUUUAAUGAUAAAUAAUAUUGUUAUUUUAUAAUUAGAGAGAAAGGGUUUUUAUGGAGAUUUUUUAGUCAUUUCAAUAGUUGAAAUUAUGAAUUCAUUAAAGUUAGAAUAUUAUGAAAAAAUUCACUUGAUAUUGUUUUACUUAAAUCUUCUCAUUGAUGGCGUUUGAAUCGGACGGUACUGGGUUUGAGUCUUAGAGUAAACAUCAACUCUGAGAUGCAGAUACAUCCAGCUGACGAGUCCCAAAUAGGACUAAACGCGCGUCAAACUGGAUUCCACUGCUAGCCACUAUCCAUCUUUGCUUAUGAUGCAUGUAAAUUAAGGCAAUAUCGAAGCAAUACGCACAGUAUGCACAUAUGCCAAUAUGAGAGACUGAUCAAUUGCAGUCCUAAACAUCAAUGCGAAGAUUCAAGCAAAACAAUAUCAAGUGAAUUAAACUUCACCCGAUUGCACAAGCAAGUGGCUAUCUCAGGACUCAGUAGCUAAGUGGAUAACGCGAUGGCGUUUGAAGCGAACGGUACUCGGUUCGAGUCCCAGAGUGAACAUCAACUCUGAGAUGCAGGUGCAUCCAGCUGACCAGUCCCAAAUAGGACUAAACGCGCGUCAAACUGGAUUCCACUGCUAGCCACUAUCCACCUUUUAUUAUGAAAAA